UGGACCUGCUGCGCCUGCGCGGGAAGGUGGGGCAAGAUGGCUGCGGAACAGAGCGUGCGGGUCGUCGGACCCCGACCCGGAACCAGGCUAAGCUGGGUGAUACGAACCCUUCUGCUGCUGUUGUGGUUUGCGGCCCCCGGUAGCACGCUCUACUUCCACAUCGGAGAGACGGAGAAGAAGUGUUUUAUUGAGGAGAUUCCGGACGAGACCAUGGUCAUAGGAAACUACCGGACGCAGCUGUAUGACAAGCAGCGGGAGGAGUACCAGCCGGCCACCCCCGGGCUGGGCAUGUUCGUGGAGGUGAAGGACCCGGAGGACAAGGUCAUCCUGGCCCGGCAGUAUGGCUCUGAAGGCAGGUUCACCUUCACCUCCCACACCCCUGGCGAGCACCAGAUCUGCCUGCACUCCAACUCCACCAAGUUCUCCCUCUUUGCCGGAGGCAUGCUGAGGGUCCACCUGGACAUCCAGGUGGGUGAACAUGCCAACGACUACGCAGAAAUCGCUGCCAAGGACAAGCUGAGUGAGCUGCAGCUGCGCGUGCGGCAGCUGGUGGAGCAGGUGGAGCAGAUCCAGAAGGAGCAGAACUACCAGCGGUGGCGAGAGGAGCGCUUCCGGCAGACCAGCGAGAGCACCAACCAGCGGGUGCUGUGGUGGUCCAUUCUGCAGACCCUCAUCCUCGUGGCCGUCGGUGUCUGGCAGAUGCGGCACCUCAAGAGCUUCUUUGAAGCCAAGAAGCUGGUGUAGGCGUCUCAGGCCUCACAGGCCAUCCUUCUCCCAGGCUGGGAGAAAGGACCUCCUGGAACUGGUUUCUGUCUGGCAGGAGGACUGGUUCCCAGCCGUAGGACCUGGAGGGGAGAGGGGCUGCAGGCACCCCAGGUGCAAGCUGAGGGCAGCAGCUUGACUGGCUAAUACUGAGCAGGUGGUGGGGCAAGGGCCUGCCCCUCCCCCAGGCCUCAGGGCCUUUUGCAGUAAUCACCAGGGGCUGGUGAAGCCCCUCGGAGCCCCACUGGCACCUCAGAAUCACAGUGUUACUGAUCAGGGAGUGAGGCUGCUGUUAUGGGGAAGGGGAGGGGUGGGCAAGUCUGUCUUCCUUUGCUAACUUGGGGUUUUGAGCGGGGUGGGGUGUGGCUGUGGUUUCCCUACUUCCCAGGAGCCUUGCUUCUCUUCUCUCAGACCCAGCCUGCUGAGCUAUUGAGGGGGCAGAGGGAAGGUGGCCCUGACAUCGACCCUGGCCUCUGCAGAUGCUAGUCCUUCCUGGGGCUUGAGGAACUGGGGUCAGGCCAGGCAGGGGCCACGGUGCUUGCUGGGGACGGGGCCUGCAGAGUCUUAGUUACUGGUUUCAUUUGCCAUAAGUCUAGGUUUGUUACAUUGGUUUCCCAAUUAAAAACAUUGACUUCUU